AUGCUGCAUCUGACGGUUCUUGCGGCUGCUGUGUUGCUGCUGCUGCUGCUGCUACCUGUUGUUUCUCACUGGCCUGCUCGCUUUUGGGGCCAGCUUUACAGAGCUGGCGUAGAAGCACUGCGAGCCACAGCUGCUGUGGACAGACUGUCGAGACACCUGAAGCCACAAGUGCCGCUGCUGUACCCGCAGCAGCUGGUGACCGCAGCAGCAGCUCUAGGUACUGCCCGGCUGCAGCAUAAGUCCCUUCUCAAUGCUAUUGCUGCUGCAGUAAUGCCUUACCUUUCUGAAAUAUCCGCAGGGGAUCUACUGAAGCUUCUCCAGGGGUAUGCAGGGGCUCAGCUGCACCACUACGGCCUCAUCGGCGCCAUUUCUGUGGAGGUUCAAAGGCGAGUGCAUGUUGCUGCAGCUGCUGCUGCUGAAGCAGCUGCCGCGGCUGCUUCUAAGGGUGCAAGGACGGCUGCUGAAGGCGGCAGCAGCAAUAACAGCAGCAAAAGCACCGCAACUGGAGAGUCUUUGCAGUGGGGUACAGAAGAUACAUGGAUGCAAGAGGCAUCGGGUGCAGCAGUGGCAGCAACAGAACAAGCAGCAGCAGCCCCCGGACGCAAACGGCGGCAGCAGAAGCAAAUCACUGGAAUAGUUCCUUCUAUAGAACAGCUUGUCGCAUUCCUUGAGUCGUUCACAGACCUCAAGUACAGGGAUUGGUCAUUUCUACAGCUCCUCAGCAGACAGCUGCAGGAAGCGUUAAAACAGGCUUCGCCUAACCGUGGCUUCUCCUUAGCGUCUCCAGCCUUGCUUGGUCGAGCCUUAGAAAGCCUCAGGCAGCUGAAAGCGAACGAGAAAGCUUUGCUGCUGGCUGUCCUGGAUCACAUGCACACACACUUACAUGAUUGCUGCCCCGCAAGCUUGGCGUUGGUGGGCCGGUGCACUGCUGAGCAGCUUCCCCCUUGUUUGCCGCACAUACGGGAGAAGCACAAGGACUUCCUGUUGGUGCUGAGGGACAUGUGCCCUGUGUUAGAGCUGGAGGAGGUUGUAUCAGCUGCUGCCUUUGCUGCUGCUGCCUGUGUCCGUCGUACCAUCAAGGACUCGGUUUUUAGAGGCCUGACGGAGAGAAUCAUGAGACUGCAGGACACACCAGGAGGCCUCAGUGACGUUCCCUUGCUGGCUGAGAUACUGCUACGGCGGCAGCACCUCUCGGCGGAUACGUUUGACGUGCUGGCGCGGCUACUGCACAGGCACCUAGAUGUGAUGGAGCCACAGGAUCUAUCGCGUCUUUCUCGGUUUUUGCGGAAUGCAAAGGCUGCCUCUUUGGAGUCUGAGACGCUGCUGAAUGCGACGAGCCGUCGAGUUCUGCGUCUCACUAGUGUCUUCUCUCCGCCCGACCUGAAGGAGGCAGUCAAUUGUCUUAUGCAGGCGGGGCCCCCAGAAAGGCGAUAUGCUGUGCUGCUGCAGCGAGCUGCUUCGACGGACAGGCGUGGCCGCGCACUUGAAGACCCGCAGCAAGCAGAAGCAGCCGCAACAGCAACUGGUGAAGACACAGUAAGUGUCAGUCCCAAGGAUCUCGAGAACUCCCUGCAGCGGCUGACCAACAGGCCAGGCGAGUUGCUGCUUGGUCGAGCAGCAGCUCGGGCUAGGGCAAAGGCUAAGGCGGCAGCAGCAGCUGCCGCCACUACUGAUAAGACGCCCAAGGAGGCAGGGGCACCGCCUAGUGAUGCUGCUGCAGCCACUGAGCCUGAGGAAUCUGUUGCACGGCGGCGGCACAGCCAUCGGCAGCGGAUCCUACAAGAGGAGGGCUGGGACCUGCUGCACCGCCGCGUCGGGGCUAUGCGAGACAUGAAACAGUGGCUGUAG